UCAUUUCAAUCACAAAUUUAGUUUCUUAUACUACACUCCAUUGCUAGUGCUCAUACUUUUCUUCGUCAAAAAGUCAAAAACUAUUUUCUCAGCUUUUCUAAAUACUGACACAUCCUUCAGACGCACACAGAAACAGGAAAGAAGAGAGAAUCAGAGAACUGAGACUGAGAGAGUGAGAGAGAGAGCGCUAUGGAGGCAGUUGUAGCCGCAACACCAAGAGUUAAAGUGGCGGCUCUAUGUGGGUCUCUUCGCAAAGGCUCGUAUAACCGUGGCCUUGUUCGUUCUGCAAUCGAGCUGAGCAAGUCCAUCAAUGGCUUGGAAAUAGAGUACAUAGACAUUGAACCUUUGCCUAUGCUCAACACUGACUUAGAAGGAGAGGGAACUUUCCCAACAGCCGUGGAAGCUUUCCGCCAGAAGAUUAAAGAAGCUGAUUCCAUUCUCUUUGCCUCGCCCGAGUGCAACUACUCAGUCUCAGCUCCAUUGAAGAAUGCAAUUGACUGGGCAUCUAGACCACCAAAUGUUUGCGCUGACAAAGCAGCUGCAAUUGUAAGUGCUUCAGGAGGUUCUGGUGGGAAACGGUCACAGUAUCACCUUCGCCAAAUUGGAGUUUUUCUGGAUCUUCAUUUCAUCAACAAACCUGAGUUUUUCUUGAAUGCACGCGAACCUCCUACAAAGUUUGAUGGCAAUGGUAAUCUGGUUGAUGAAUCAGUCAAGGAGAAGUUGAAGGAAAUUCUCAUAUCCUUGCAUGCAUUUACUUUGCGCCUCCAAGGAAAGCUUGAGAAAUAAUAUGUUUUUUAAUUAGAUGAAAAAUAAUUAAUAUGUGAUUUAAUAUGUACUAUGCUGGCAUUACAACUUAUCUGAUUUUUUGUAAAGUACUACAUGUUAGAAAUACUGAAUAAUUAUAUUGUAUUUCU